AUGGAGGAGAUGCGAGCGCAGCUUGCAUCCUUGAUGGAUAGCAUCAAGGAGCAGCCCACUGAUUUUACCGAUCCGGAAGUAUGCAAGUACUUCUUGACUGGGCUUUGCCCCCACGAUCUGUUCGAGAACACGGAAACGGGCCUCUACAUCAAAGGCUACCGGUUCUCACUGGGGCCCUGCAAGAAGACUCACAGUGAGGAUUUGCGAGCCAGAUACAUGGAAGCGAGGAAAACGAGACGCUACGGAUAUGAAGAGUUGUCUAUCCAGAUCGUCAAACAACUCAUUGAGGAAGCGGAGAGGAAGGUGGAAAAGGGACAGAUGCGAGUUGAUGAGAAAGACGUCAGCAAGUCUGAGCAUGUCCGGCAGAGGCUGUUGGCGGAGAUCAAAGCCCUAGACGAUGACAUUGAUGAGAAGAUACGGCGGAUGGACCAGCUCACAGAACAAGGCGACCAUGAUGAGGCGUCCAACUUGGGAGAAGUCGUUGCCGCUCUGCAAGUGAAACGCUGCAAAUUGUUAUUCAAAGGCGUGGACGGCCCUCCGCAGAAGCUUCGCCCGUGCGAUGUUUGCGGCGCGCUACUCUCUGUAUUCGAUUCCGACAGGCGCCUCGAUGAGCACUUUCAAGGUCGCAUUCACGUGGGCUUCCAAAAGCUCCGCAACAUUUUGAAGAAGCACCUUGAAUAUAUCGCAUCCGCGCCACUGCCCGACUCGUCUCUCAGGCCGCAGUCAAUGCCGUCGGGGACACUCUCGGUGAACGCAAUGAUAGCGGUCAACCAGAUCAACUCCCAGCCUCCCCGACGCCUGGAUCCUGACGCUGUCGCAGCUAUAGCUCGAGCGCAGGUUCAACAGCAUCAAGGGACGCCGCAGCCCCCGCCCCCCCCAGCGCCGCCAGCACAAGCCGCAGCUGUAGUGAGCACUCCUGUGCCGCCGGCACCUCCCGCAGCUCCUGUUGAAGCGUCCGAGAAGAGGGGAAGAAGUCUGAGUAGGUCCCCAGAUGAUAAAAAGACCAGCAGCAGUGGGAGAGAUCAUGACAGAAAGAAAAAGAGUCGAAAGCGGUCACGCUCACGAUCGCACUCGAAGAGCCGAGAUAGGAAGAAGAGUAGCAGCAAGCACAAGCGGCAUCGGACCAGCAAAGAAAGCAGUAGGGACAAAGGUAAGGACAGAGAAAGGCACAAAAAAAGCCAUAAAGAAAAGCAUAGACACAAGGGAAGCAAGAGCAAGAAGUGA